GAUGAAAUUAGAUGCAAUAUUGUAGAUAUGUGCUGAAAAUUCCACACUGUACCACAAGUACUGUUUCUGGAAUAAAGCGAAAUUGUUAUGUUAUGUUAUGUUAUGCAACUGUAGUUAGAGAGAACAUGUUUUGCCUAAGGGUAAUACACUCAUUCGCUGAAAAAUACCAAGAAGAUAAAACCUAUAAAAUUCGAACUCCUUUCAGAGCAAGGUUUUAAUAAACACGCCGCACGACUUUGAAUUAGUCGUCACCAUAGCAUCCUGAAGGUCAUCAAAGGCGGACGUUUUGGUGUGGAGAAGUUUGCGUAUGAUUUUGGAUUGCUUACAUAAAUAGAAGACUUAGUGUUACCUUGACACUUCACACAGUCUUGACUUUCUAAAAAGAUAUCUUCACAUCUCCCAACCUACGAAGCGUCUUAUAUAGAUAUAUCGCAGUGUUCCCUCAAGUUACAUAGUAGUCUUGGGAGUACAUCACUUCAGUAGUUUCGUGGAGGAGAUGGACUAGUUUGACCUAGAAAGUCCUUUACGUUUAGAAACACAGCCUUUAAGUCUACUUGGCACAAUGGAUGAUUUGACUAAACCAGCUGACUUCAAGUUUUCAGUUCAGGGUACUAGCAUCAGAAACUACGGCACGCCAUCCAAAGAUAUUUGUUCAGUCAAUCGUCUUCCAAGGCAUACUGAUUCUCCUCUUCCUUACUAUAGAACAUCAAUCAGUUUGGGGCCGAAGACAGGCUCCUCUCUAUGGAAUCACUGCUCUUCAAGUCCCACUACCUAUGGAAAUGAUAGAACAAAUAACUUAAACAGUCGGUUUUCAAAACUGGAACUGAAUGAGACCACUGAACCGGAGAGAAAGUUGUGCAAUGGUUACUACAUAAAUUGUAAUUCUACUGAGAGUUUAAAGUCAAUAGACAAGCGUGAAUCUUCAGAGACUGAUAAUAGUAGCAAUAAUAGCAGUUCUUUACGUUGGUCAAAUUCUUCAUUAGCUAGUCCAUCUCGUAUACCAGUCACUACUUUGCCAAUUGGAGUUCAUCAUUCAUUCCAAAGAGGUGGACUUGUAGGUCUCAAUAAUCUUGGAAAUACCUGUUUUAUGAAUUCGAUUCUACAGUGUUUAAGUAACACAGCUCCCCUAACAGAAUAUUGCUUAGAAGAUCGAUAUUUGAAAGAUAUCAAUAAGUCAAGUUCCAUGAAUGGUCUCUUGUUUCGAUCUUAUGCUGAUUUAAUGAAAGAACUCUGGGAUCCUGAUAUGGCUAACUCAUCAACUAGUCCAAGCCGUUUCAAAAGUCAAAUUCAACGUUUUGCUCCUCGUUUUAUGGGAUAUGCGCAACAAGAUUCACAAGAAUUCUUACGUUAUGUAUUAGAAGGUCUUCAUAUGGAGGUGAAUCGUGUUCAAAAACGUCCUCAUCCUAUUAAACCAGAUUAUGAAGCUGAAGAUCGUCUUCCGGAUAGCGAAAAAGCCAGCUUGUAUUGGAGACGAUAUUUAUCCAUGGAUAACAGUGAAAUUGUGGAUCUAUUUGUUGGACAAUUAAUGAGUACACUUGAAUGCGCAGACUGUGCAUUUAAAUCGACUACAUUUGAUCCAUUUUGGGAUUUAAGUUUACCUAUACCAAAAAAACCUAAUGUCAACAUCCUGGACUGCUUGAAUUUAUUUACAUCUAAGGAAGAAUUGGAUGGUAAUGAAAGACCGAUCUGCAGUCGAUGCAAAACACGUAGAAGAUGUACAAAAAGUUUUUCUAUUCAAAAAUUCCCACAAAUUCUUGUACUUCAUUUAAAGCGUUUCUCUGGAGAACGUUUUCGUUCAAAAAUGUCUGUUAUGGUGGAUUAUCCAUUGAAAAAUUUAGAUUUAAUUGGAUUCGCUACUCCAAGUUGUACACAAAGAUCAGCUUUAUACAAUUUGUAUGCUGUUUCUAAUCACAGUGGUAGUGUAUAUACUGGGCAUUAUACUGCAUGUUGUUUAAAUCCUUAUACAGGCAAUUGGUACUCCUACAAUGAUAGUCAUGUACAUGCUAUCUCAGAAAAUUCAGUUGUCUCUGCAGAAGGCUAUGUACUUUUCUAUACACUUGUUCGAUAAUAUAUAUAUAUAUAUCCAACUUCUCUUAUUAUUACUAUUAUUAUUCUACUACAUAAUGUUAAUAUUACUCUUAAAAUUUAUUUUACAUUGUAAUUUUUCAAUUGAAACACCUCUUUGCACUCUUUUCUGUUCCACCUCUUGCUUCACUUAUCAAAUAGUGUUGUAUACACAUGUGAUAAUGGUACUUUUAUAUACAUAUGAUAUACACAGUAUAUAUAUAUAUAUAUAUAUAUAUAUAUAUAUAUAUAUAAACAUUUAUGAUUCAUAUUCACCUCAGUAUUUUUACACAUGCAAGACAAAAGUUUCGCUUUGAUUACAAACAAUUAUUUUGGUGUGGAUAAUAUUAUUAUGCCUCAUGGAAGAAAUAGAAAUUUUACUAAAAAUGAUAGAUAAUAUCCCUGGGCUUUCAUCUGAUAGAAAGAAAAGAAAAGCAUGUUUUCGAGGUGAAGAAAGGUCAAAGUAACACAUAAUCGUAAAGGAUAACAUGAUGAUAUUUUUGUUGUUUUUCUCCUUUCUUGAGUACUUGAAUUAUUCUCGAAUACUAUUUGAAUAUUUAUACACACGCACACACAAACUUCUUUCCACAUAUCCUUUUUGCACACACACACACAACACAACGCAGGAAGCUCAUAGUUGACGACAAUUCAUGGAAUUAUUCAAGAAAUGUCUUAUUUAUUUAUUAAUAAAAUAAUUUUAACUCUAAGCUUGAGAGAUGCAGCAAAGGUUAUAAGAUGUUUGAAAUGAAUGCCUAACCCCCUUACUUACCUUUGGUGUGAUGUGCAUACACUUUUCUUUAAAAAAAUUAUUUCCUAUUUAUGUAUAUUAUUAAGUGUACAAUUCCUAGUGUAUUGCUGUUUAAUUAUGAGGGGAUCCCUUUGCAUAGAUUUGUGUGUGUGUGUGUGUGUGUUGUGAACGUUUGUAUAGCACAUCAUUCUCAAUAAUUUAUUUCUCUCUUAUUCUGUUUAACUCUUCUUCUCACCAAAAGAAAAAAACAACAAAAUUCUUGUGUGUAUCUGUGAGUCUGUGUGUGUUAAUUUAGUUGUACACACUCUCCUGCCUAAUUUGUCUUCCAAUUUCUUGAAAGUGUGUAGAUUGACUAUUACUUAUUUAUUUAUUAUUUAAAUUGUUUUUGAGUUACUUAAAAUGACGUGGCUGUGAUACCUGCUUCUUGUUCUUCUCCCUCUUCCUGCUCUUUCUCUCUAUUCUAUCUACUCCACUUUACUCCAAACUACUCCACUCUACUCGUCUGUACUUUUAUUUUCUUUGAUUUAUUUAUAUUGUAAUAAUGACAAUAAAAAGAAGAAAUAAUAAUAAAAACAAUAGAAUUUACAAUGAAAUACAUUUUGUAUUUUGCUCAAAACUGGUAAACAGCAGUUAUUAUUGUUAUUGUGUUCAUCAUAUCCAUCAUCCUUGUUAUCGAUCGACCGAUCCAUCUAUCUGUCUAUCAGUUUGUUUAUCAGCUUAUUUAUUUUCAAUGAAUCUAAGGUGAAUUGUUUUCCUAUCGACUAUUGAUAGACAUGACUGUUAAUGCUUGCGAAAAACACCUUCUGUAUCCUUUUUAUUUUCUCCUUAUCGCUCUCUCUCUCUCUCUCUAUUUCUCUAGCUUUCAGUUUGAAAAUCUUCCCUUUCUGUCUGUAUUAUCUUGAAGUAUAUAUACGUAUGUAUAUUUACCCCUAUGCAUAAACUAUUAUUUUUCUGCGUAGUUAUAGUGUAAAUUGUCAAUUUUAAAGCCUUGAGGAGUUUUCUUGCCUAAGAAAGAUAAAGAAAAAUUUAUAUAAAAGGGGAAUUUCCUCCCCGCCCCCGCCACUUUAUACAAUGUAUCCUCCAAACACGCAUACACACCCCCCCGCCGUCACAAGCAUACACCACAGUCUUACCUGUUACAUCAUCUACAUUUAUUUUGAAUUAAACAUUUCUCCUGCAUAGUUGUUUGAUUCAAUUAAAAUAGAAAAGAAAUUUCCUCCCUGUGGAAGUGGGGCGCGUGUGACAGGGGGUGGGGUGAGGCGGAAUUCCGAAUUAAUUUCUGCAUAUUCAGUUGGAUAGAAACUAUGCAGUAAAAAAAGUGUGUAUAUAUCUAUCUGUCUAUCUAUAUGUGUAUGUAUUUUUAAUAUCAAAACUGUGGCUAAUAUAUUAUUUACACUAUGUAUGCUACAUGAUGUAACAAAACAAACUGUGCAGAGAUUAAACACUUUAAAUGUAGAUUUAUUUUUGCGUAGAUGAUAUUUACUCUUUAUUUAUUUAUUUAUUUUAAUUUUUAUAAAAGUCAACAACAACAACGACACCAAAAAAGAGAAAUUGGUUAAAAGUUUGAAUUCAAAGAAUGUGUAAUAUGUGUUGUAUGCGUUAAAGAUGUCUUCCAUUUGAAGUGUACACUUGAAAAAUGUUAUCUAGAAGGUACAAUGAAAGGCUUGCAAGUAAGUAGACUAUUCACACCUCAGAGAACACAAUUACAACAAUUGUCAUCUAUCUGAGCUAACGAAUCUUCUUCACCACGUCUAUUUAAUUAUACAGUGGAAUAACUGCUGUAAGUAGCUGA